AAGAAAAACAAGAACUUGUCACUGUUUCUUUGAUUGAUAAGCCACUGCCACACCCAUUUCUCCUUGUCCUGUAUCCCCAGACUCUAUAGUUCUAUAUACCAUCCCCCCAAGUAUCUUCUUGUUAAUCUUGAGAUCCUUCUGGUAUUGAUCAGAGCUCUGGGGUUGUUUCUUCACAAUGGCUGGUAUUCUAAAAUCCUGCAUGCAAUCGAAGUUGAAAGCGGUGAACCUGAUAAUGGCCAUGGUAGGGAUUGCUAUGAUCCUAUAUGGUUUUUGGAUGCUCAGAGUUUGGCAGAGAGACAUGGCUGGCUCAUCUUUUGAGGACUUGGAUUCCACUGCUCCAUGGUUUAUAUACACUUUUCAGGGCACAGGCGUCACCUUGUGCCUACUAACAUGCCUAGGCCAUAUUGCUGCUGAUAGUGCACAUGUAUCUUGCCUUUUCUGUUACAUGGUUAUAAUCUCAGUGCUUCUACUGAUAGAGACUGGAAUUGCAGCUGAUAUACUCUUAAACUCAGAGUGGGAAAAGUUUCGUCGUCGAGGUCAGGAUAUACCCAAAGAUCCGACAGGGAGGUUCCGUGAUUUCAAACAAUUUGUGGAGUCUAAUAUCGACAUCUUCAAAUGGAUAUUCUCGACUAUUUUCUUAGGACAGGGACUUUCGGUACUAUUCACUAUGGCACUGAGAGCCUUUAGCCCCAACCAACGCUCAGACUAUGAUAGUGAUGAAGAAUUCACUCAAGCUAGGGUGCCACUCAUAAGUAACCAUGCUCAAAACCUGCUUAUGUCAUUGGAGAACCUCCUUUUGCAAAUAAGAAUGAAACUUGGAAUACGAAAUAAGUGAGAAAAAGGGUGCCUGCAAAUUUAUGUAUCAUUCAUAAAUAACGAGAGAAACUGAAACAAAAUGAAAGCAGAGCUCACCAUGGGACACACUACCAAGCUAGGGGCACCCUUGAUGCUCAUACCAGAAUUAGUGUGGUUAAAUCUGUAAAUUCGUGUCGGUUUGUUGCGCCGAUUUGUAUUAUAUAGAUUAAAAUACGUUCAUGUCUUCGUGUUAUGUCAUAUUUUUAUCGUUUCUCUUAUAUCGGAUGCAUACUUGUGU